CUUUCUUGGUGCUGGCGGUCGUCUAUACAAUGAUGUCUUCUUUCAAUGCUGUAGAACGACGCAUGCACCAUACAUUCGCGGCUUUGUCCCAAAGUCUGCGAGCCACACCCCCUCCACCUUCUCGAGGCUGCCUGGCUUUUCGUUUGUCCACCUGAUCAAGGCUAUCUGGUGAGCGCUUCUACCAAUACAUCCCGGGACCUAAGAUAAAGCGAUCUGGGUGUGCCAUGCUACCAUCACAAUGCCCAUCUACAAUGUCAUCGACAUUGGAUGAAUGACUAGGGUUCCCCUCGCAGGCAAACACAGCCCACGGCAUUCACUUUCUUUACUCUCGCCCAAGCAUGGCUGCAUCCUCCCUCGUGCCCUUUAUAGUACUAAUGACUAUGAGCACUUCCUUCUUCUUCACAAAGAUCAUUGAAGCCAUCGUCAUGUCUCAGGCAAACGGUGCAGGAACAGAGGUCAAGUAUAUCCUUCACUUUUGUAAUGGUGACUUUAUCACUCCUUCAUCCACUUCACUCAGCCUCACCUUGUCACUUCACUCUGCAAACAGGUGACAACAAGCCUUAUUACCCAGCACAAAUCCUUCCUACAGUCAGAGCCCUUGCUGUUCUUUAACUGUGCCCUCGGGUUCACGUUUGAUUGCUUGCCUACCACUACUAUUUCUACUCCUUCCCCCACAGUCAUGAUCUUUGCCCUUAUCAAAAUUCGUGCAUCGCCUCCACGCCAUGACAAGAUGCAUGUUGAACGCUCACCCUCCGGAAAGCUCUAUCUCGUGCGCAAGAAGUACACUCCACCAAAGUCCAAGCCUCGUGAGGAGUUUGUCGAAGUGUAUGAGAACCUAGCUGAGGCGGGUCACGUGGAAGUGGUUCAAGUUGAGCAUUUGAGAGCCAAGGACAAACAUAACCAUCAUCAUCCUCGAUGUGCCGACGACAAGAAGCCAGUUGACAACAACGGCAUCAGAAUUGACAUUGGCGGACUUGAAGACGGGACAAAGCACAUUAUCGUGGGGAAUAGCGGAACACCAGGUGGCAUAUCCAUCACGGUUGGAGCCCACAAGAGAUGCAAAGCAGCAGAUCAACCAGCGCACCCUUCUCCUAACAUUAUAAUCCGCGAGCCGAUCCAUGUGAAACAAGAGAAGCCCGCCGCAGACGCGGAGAAGAAGAAAGCCAAGCAGGAAGAUGUGCAGCUUGAGCCGGUCCGUUGGGAAAAGGUUCGAGUGAAGAAAGUUCAUCGCCCAGCAGAGGAAGUUCGGGUCUACAAGCGCUCACCCAAACCAGAGGCUGAAAGACUUCCACGAGACGAUCAUGAGAAAUACACUGAGAUCAAGGUGCCGCGCCGGGAGCAGAAACCACACCGCAUGCCUGAAGUCGAAGGGGCCGUCUGGGAUGAGAAACUGAAGGCCUGGAUUGUGAAGCGAUCUCCUCGAGUUCGGUUUGACUGAGCCACAAACAGAAGAUAGCCAGACGGACGGACGGCAUGCUGAUGAGCAACUGUUGGGUCCGGUCUGGUCCGGUCUUGUUUUUUCUUCGGCAGGAGGAAUGACCUUCUUCCCGCAGUGGAACAUGUGCGGAUGAAGAAACAAUGUCGAACAGCCCAUGCUUUCCACUUACCUCGGCCUCGAAAGGACGCUGAUUGUGCGCCCCACAUGAGUGCACCGGCCAUGUCCACGAAACCAGCUGAUCUGAAGAGGACGUUUUCCCUUGCAGCCGCCAACAUUAUUCACUAGGCGUUGGGAGAUCAACUGCCUACAAGGUCUCCUUCCUUCUGAGCUCAAUGCGGCGAGACAUCAUUGGUAUGGUUCAACGGACUCAGGACCGCGGAGGAAGAUAGCAAAGCUUGAUACCUGACGAGCCGAUUGCGGACUGAAGCUGACCCCACUGCCAUCACUACGGUCCGGAUGGUGAUGGACAUCUUGUUUUGUCCAGCACUCGGCAGCGAUACUCAUUACUAAUCUAUCUAGCUUACUUGGAUGACAACAGCAUCUGUCGCUAGAAAACUAGCAAGCAGGUCGCAGAAACUUGAAGUGGUUGAAGCGGUGAGAUUCGGGCGAGGAGUUCCUGGACAUGGACUCACUUGGACAAGACAGACAAUACUGCAGGUCUACCGCAGUCCAAGCUGGUUGUUUUUUACCGUAGUUAAAGGGGAAAGGAGUCUAGAUGAAUGUUCUCCGAUACCACUACUCCAGAAUCAAAUCAAACGAUUGCAUAGCGGCAA